GAAGCACAACUUGUAUCACGACGGCGGGCGAUGCGGUGCUGGGCUCAUUUUCUGUAUAAAAUAGUCCACCGGCGUUGGGUUUCCGUUCUAUAUUUUCUAUCUUUUCUUGCAUUUCACUCAUUUUCAUCUUGGCCAUGUUUCGCCUCCUCGACCCGCAAGCCACGGCCGCCGUCUCGAUCGACUUUCCCGAGAUCGCAGCCGACCCAUCGCGGUUCCUCGCCAUCAUGGCCGAGCAAGGCUUUGCCGUCGUCACCAACGUUGUCGACGACGUCCCGUUCGCCGAAGGUCUCUGGGCGUCGGACCUGCGCGCGAUUCUCGAUAUGGAGCACAGCGCCGAGACGCGCGCGCUUGCAGAGGACCCCGUGCAUACGUGGCCAGCCGAUGUGCCUCUCGGCCGGCCCGUGGAGCACGGCCUUGCCCAAGGCCAGCUCGCGUGGCACAUUCGACGCAACCGCAACAUUCGCCACUGCUACGAGGUGCUCCACCAAACGAAGGAGCUCGUCGUCGGCACGGACAGCAUCAUGUUCAACCGGUUUCCGCCAACGAAGCUGCGCGAACCGUGGGGCCAUGUCGACUACCACCGCGACUUGGUUGCGCACGAGUGCUUCCAGUCGAUCGUGUAUCUCUGGGACACGGACGACGAGUCAAGCACGACGGUCGUCUGGCCCGGAUCGCACAUCACCAAGUACGAGGCGGUCAUGGACGCCAACCCGGUGCCGCGGCUCUUUAGCCUCAUCCCGGAAGCGAUGGUGCAAGAGUACCAAGCCAGCGCGUGCCGGGUUCGCAUUCCGAAAGGCGCCAUGAUUGUGUGGAACUCGAAGCUCGUGCAUCAAGGCUACGACUGGGGCCCGCGCCUCGCGGUGCCCGUGUGCUUUGAGCCCACGGCGCUCCGUCCCGAUAAUGUGUACGCGAAGAAGUGUGCGCUUGUGGCGUCCGGCGUCAGUGGCACGCACUGGGCAGCGGUUUUCCACACGCAUGCGGCGACAAGCGCCCGGAAGAACGCGCCGCGCGGGCCGAGCCAAGAGUUUGGGCGCGUUCGUCUCCUCCACCGCGCCCACUUGCACCUCUUGGACGACAAUGGGCAGCUCAAAAGAGAGUUUACCGCGCUCUUGUAGCGCAACGUCGAUUCGUAGAGUAGAAGUACUCUUUAUGGACUCUACUAAUGGAAUUCAUUCUUGGUUUUGGG